AAUCGGCCCGAAAGCUGGGGUCCAAACGAGAUAAGCGUGCCGGCGGGGACGAGGAGGAUGAGGAGGGCUCGGCGGCCAAGCGGCGGAAAACUACUGGCAAGGAUUCAGUCGACAUACAGUCAACGCCAAUCAGCCUCCUGGCCGCCGAAGAGGAAUGCGAAAGCAACGACGAUGUCAGCGAAGUGGAAGAUAUCACUGCCACUAGCGAGGGAGUCGCCGGCAAUGGUCGCAGCAACGUCUCUUUUGCUUCAACAGACAAUAAUCUCAUCGAUAAGGAUCUGGAGAUCUCAUCAGACGAAGAUGAGUUUAACCAACAGCACCGAAUCCUGUUCACAGAGGCUUAUAGCGAGAUGGAGCCUAAUAACAAAUGGAUCCUGCGAUCCGGCCGCUGCGUCGAAGACGUAAUGUACGAGGCUGGCAUGAAGUUCAAGUACACCAGCAACAUCCAUAGUUUCUGCUAUGUCAAUACCGACCGAAAUAUCACGUCGCUAUUUACGGACGAAGAGCGAGAAGAGUUAGAAGAAACGAACACGAAAUGUGUCCCGCCUUUUACCAAAGGGGGCACCUUCCACAACUUCUACAAUAAAUUCGCCGCCUGUGGCAACGGGGACGCCUUGCGGGACAUGCUCUUUAGUGAACAAGAAGAGCUUCAAUCUUCUCGAAGCACGGAUGAAGAAUUUUGGCAUUGUCAGUUGUACCAUUCGUUUUUGGUUGACAUGCUUCUAUUAAGCUCAAAGACCAACAAAAUCAGUGAAGACUUAUCGGAAGCGUGGCUAUUGGCAAAUCCGUACCGUGCCCUUCAAAUCUUAUUUGGCGACAAGGAGCACAUUUUCUUCCUGAGCGGCGAGAAGGGUGGUGUUGCUGUGGCUGAUCGAAAGAACAUGCAAAUGGCAUUGCCAGCAAUGACGCAGAUGGUUAAAAAGUGCGUUGGCAAGAAAGGCGACGGCUACGUGAGGGCUUUCGACGGCGUAGUCAGAGAUCUAGCAGCUACCGAGGCUGGCCUGAAAUGGGAAGGGUUCAAGGGAACUAAAUUGAUGGUGGAGACUGUUAAAAAGCUCCCAAGAGUCCUGCGGGACAUCUUUUCUAGUAACCACAGCCGUGGCGGCUCCCAAGAGACCCUUCUACGCUCCAUGGCAGUGCCAGGUCUCGCAAUAUAUGGGCCAAUGGUCAGCUUACUCCUAUUGGAUGCCCCAAAUGGGUACAUCGUGCGGUGCCGAGGCAGUGACUGGAGAGAACUGUCACUGUCAAUUUCACCGGCGGUGAUCAAAGCUAACGGCAUGAUAUUCACCAUGUUCCUCACAAUGCGGAUGCAUGUUCUGAGGAACGAAGAGCUGAUAGCCCGUGCUGGGGGGGAAGACGAAGAGGAAAAUGAUCCAGCACUGGAAUUGUUAGCAGCGUUCGGGGGUCGGAAGAAGCGGCGUCCGACGGGACUUGCACUUCCAAAGACGCACCCGACUCCUAGGAAGAAGCGGAUGUCUGCCAAUGGCACCGUCAAAUAGCAUGAUGUAUCUGAUAAUCGAGGCUUCGUCGAAGCACGAGCUGCUAGUUCAGCCACUUUGUCGUCCAAAUCGCUGUGCCCAUAUGUGUGGUGUUUCAGCUUUUCUGCAUAAUCUGGUGUAUGGUAACAAAUACGUGUUUCAAAUUGUAGAAUUAUUAAUGAUUGCAUUCAUGAGUGAUAAAGAG